GUAACCGCGGAGUCUUUGUUUUUUCAACAAAUGAACACAACACUGCACCGUGUUUCGAAUGAGAAAUAAAUUCAAAUGGACUGCUCAACACGAGCCAAUACGAAAAAUAAUACGAUUAAUCAUAAAUUCGGAUUAAAACUCGUGAAAAAUAUAAAAUCCGAUAGGAAUUAAAGUUUGUAGAGUGAAAACCUGUUCUAACCUCGAAAUCACGAGAAUCCUGUCAACGCCUAUCCCCCGCGUUGACUCAUUCGAUCGAGCGACUCAUUCGACAACGAUUCAUCAUGAUUUUCGUUAUGUUUCGAUCGAUAGGCAGAGGAAGGCAAAUGAAUUAAACACCCCUGACACCUUGUUUUAUUCAUUAAUUAAGAUCGUGGGAAAUAUGAAGUGCGCGGCCUUUUUUUGGGCGUUUCUCGCUUUUGCUGUAACUUUUUCAAGAACUCAGGAUUACCUCGGAUGUUUUAAGAGCACGAACAAUGAGUCCGAUUUUUUGACCUUGGUUCAGGCAUGGCCCAGCAGUCCGAACCAAUGUGCUGCUGAAUGUCGUCGUCGAUAUUUUAUGUACGCCGGGCUUAUGCACGGACAACAAUGUUAUUGCGGCAGUCAUUACGGGAGAAACGGCCCGUCUCAUGCUUGUACCCUGCCCUGCAAUUCUGAUCCAGGAAAUUAUUGCGGAUCGGAUGAAUCCAUAAGUGUAUAUACCACUGGUCAAAAAGGUCCAAGUCCACCUCGGAGAUUGCAAGUACUGGAAAGUAAAUCGUCAAGUUUGUUUGUAACAUGGGAGCCUCCGGACUUGCACAAUGGAAAUUUGACAUCGUACGCUGUGACAGCAAUGGUAGUCUCAACAUACGCAUCUUACAAAAUUUCUCCAAGCCAGACGAUAGUUCAGGGCGGUAGUUCGAAUAGUACAACUUUGAUCAGUCUUCAUCCGGGAAGUAAGUACAACGUUUCGAUAACGGCGUGGAACAGCAAUGGGGAGAGUGAUCCAGCUUCGGUAUUGGGCUGGACAUUAAUCGGAGCGCCGGAGAAGCCGGAAAAGCCGAAGAUUAUUGAAGAGAGUGGGAAAACAAUGACGAUACAAUUGUUCAAAGGGCGAAGUGAGAACGGUCCCGUAACUGCUUAUCAAAUAAUAAUCGUCGAGCGAUUCUUAAUCCCACCAAAGGACGAUAAAUUCGUGUACACGAAUUACAAUCGCGCAGUCGAAGAAUCUUUGGGUUAUUACGUAACAGGACAAUUCGAUGCAGUGGAUUUUCCGCGAUACGAAAAAUUCGUGAUCGGCGAUGGGAAACCGAUCGGGGGAUUUUACAACGCGCCCCUAAAAGAUCGUUUUCUGGACCCUCAAAUCGGCUUCGUUGUUAUUUCUCGAUUGGGUCGAGAAUCCCGUUCCAGCUACUCCGAUCUCGCGACCGCAAGAGUGUAUUCCUUGGGCUCUCAGAAUAGUAAUGCAAAUUUGGGACUGCGUAUCGCCAUUGCGAUACUCUCGAUCGCACUCGUAGUUUCUGUCGUCGGUUACUUCGUCAUUCGAAAGCGGCACCUCCAGAAUCGCAUGAGGAAACUGCCCGAACAACAGGAAUUGACGCUCCAAGGACCGAUCCACGAGGUUGACAACAUGGCGUACAUCCCCGAGGACGUGCCCGAGCGAAUAAAUCAUUAUCAAAACUUGAAGGAAAAGGUUUGGAGCAUACCCAAAAAUUUCCUCACCAUCGAUUCAAAUGUUUUACGACGCGGAAGAUUCGGCAGCGUGCACACGGGUACAGUGCAAAAAAAUGGGACGACUUCGAGUGCCGUGGUCCAUUGCAUAGCUGACAACACGCUUCGACAAUCGGAGAAACGAAACAUGCUGAGAGAUUUGGAUGUCUGCAUAAAAGCUGGCUCGAUGAAGUAUCUCGCGAGUCUCGUUGGUACUUGCGAAACUCCAGAAAUUCUAUACGUCGUCCUUGAGAUGCCAGAGCGGACAUUAAAAAAUCGACUUCUGGCCGCACGCUCCGGGGAGUCUUUCCCAAACGAUCAAAUCCUCAAGAUUGGUGCUUCGAUUGCUUCCGCUCUUCGACAUCUCGAAUCCCUCAAAAUUCUUCACACUCGAUUGUGCGCCAGAAGCGUCGGGCUUUCCGAUGAUUUUACUCCGAAACUCAUGGGCUUUGGUAUUGGAAAAUAUGCCCUCGAAGAUAUCAAAUACACGAGAUGGAUGGCCGUUGAGUGUUUCACCAAACAAAAGAAAAGUCCACAAGCCGUUGUCUGGGCGUUCGGUGUUCUCAUCUGGGAAAUGCUUAGCAUGGGUGGAACCCCAUAUGGACAUUUAGUCAACGACAUUGACGUCGAGGAAGCUGUCGAUCAAGGACUCAAAUUGCCUCAACUCGUCGAUACACCCGAUCCCCUUUACGAAGUUUUGCUCUCUUGUUGGCAAACUGAUCAGCAAGAGAGACCAACUUUUGACGAACUCGUGAGAUUAAAUACCUUGAGUCUUUGUCCGAUCACUGCCAUCACUGAGCCAUACGUUGCCGAAUUGGAAGUGAAUUAAGGGCGUGAAUGAGCCAAUAAACAAUUCAGCACAUUCCAUUUAUCUCGUAUAUCGUAAGCCCGAAGAGUACGAGACAAAAAUUAUAUGUAAAAUAUUUCCUGAAGCGGUUCGUUUCUCAUAGAUUUUUUAAAAAUCCUUUUUUUUUACUGGGACGAGGAAGAGAAGAAAAUAGUACUUGACCGCGGCAGAGUUACCACGCGUGUGAACACAUAAAUAUUGAUAUUUUAUUAUUUUAUUUUAUAUAACUUAUAUAUAGUCGAGAACAGAGUUUCUCAAAAAAAAAACGUUGGAUUCUCUGGCGUGAAUUGAAACGCACGUAAGACCAACCACUCACUAUUCUCCGUCCAAGCUCAAUAUACAAAUCAGUAUAUCAAGCUCUAAGAAAAUAAAAUUUUUGUUUUUUCUUCUUUUUUUUUUUUACUAUUUUAUACAAAUAUAUACAUCAAUUUAUGUGUAUAUAAACAUAGAUUAGUACUCUUUUUACAUUUUUUUGUUAGCAGCUAAAACGAAUACGACUUUUUUAAAAUCAUGAAACGAAAAUUUACUCUCCUCCGUCGAAUUAUAGGAGAACAAGAAACACCACUUUCGCAUUUAAAGUUUUUUCGAUUUUUUCCAAUAACUUUUUCAUACGUUUCUCGUUAGUAUAUUUAAUGGGAAGACUCACCAAACUUUAGGUUUACUCUUCACUUACCAAUCGAAGUACAAAAAACGAAGCCUAAGUUUAACCAAAUGAAUAAAAUAACGCUCGCAAACAAUUAUAAGGAUGUGACAAGCGAAACAUUCGCAAAAUUUUUACAAUUUUUUGGCUCUUUCGUGUCAAAAAGAUCUCUCAUUUAUAUUUGGACUUGAAGAUCUCGUGGAGCGAUUUUUUUUUCUAAUCGUCUUGAAUCUCAAUUCUCAUGUAUCUUGUAAAAAAAAACGACGAUUUCGAUGUUACUUUUUUAAGUACUGUAUACAUUAGUUCGAAAUUAAUUGAAAAAUUUUAAUACUUUUGUACAUUUCAUACAUCGUUUUCUCAUCGUUUGAAUUCUUCCUCGUGUCGUAGAGAUUGUAUGUAAAAUUGAAUUGUACAAAAAAGUAAAGUCAAAUUUUACAAAAUUUGACUUUCAUUUCUACGACGACGUUUCAACAAGUUUUGUGAACAUUGCCAAAUUGACAUUAAACCAAAAUGAUUUUUUUUCUCCAAUGCGAGAGAAUUGGACAAAACGAUUCGUCAAUAAAUAGUACUUUCUAUGAAAUUAUAAAA